AUGGGAGGUGGAGGCGUGCCCCGGCAUGACCGCGCUUCCCCAGUUCAGAAACAUGUUCGCUCAAUGAUCCGACAGACCGGAGCUGACAGACACCUUCACAUGGAGCAGGACGGAACGGGCCUACUGGGUGACAGCAGCCAGACUGUAACAUCGCCCCCUCCAACCACCGUCAUCACUCACUCAGAUUCAUACGGUUGCAUGUUUUGGGUGGUGCGGACACAGAAAGGCUCAGGACGACACAAGAUCAAAACCACAAAACCAUGCUGUGAGGCAUGA